GGGCUCCAGGAGGAGCAAGCGCCGAGGGAGCGAGGCUGACCAUGGCCACUUCAGAGCUGAGCUGCCAGGUGUCUGAGGAGAACCGUGAGCGCCGAGAGGCCUUCUGGGCCGAGUGGAAGGAUCUGACGCUGUCCACGAGGCCCGAGGAGGGUUGCUCCCUGCAUGAGGAGGAUGCCUGGCGGCAUGAGACCUACCACCAGCAGGGGCAGUGCCAGGCGCUGGUGCAGCGCUCCCCCUGGCUGCUGAUGCGCAUGGGCAUCCUGGGCCGAGGGCUGCAGGAGUACCUGCUGCCUUACCAGAGGGUGCUGCCGCUGCCCAUCUUCACCCCCACGAAGGUGGGCGCCGCCAAGGAAGAGCGCGAGGAUACCCCCGUCCAGCUGCGGGAGCUGCUGGCGCUGGAGACAGCCCUGGGCGGCCAGUGUGUGGAACGCCAGGACGUGGCGGAGAUCACCAAGCAGCUGCCCCCUGUGGUGUCAGUCAGCAAGCCUGGCACCCUUCGUCGUACUCUGUCCCGCUCCAUGUCGCAGGAAGCACAGAGAGGCUGAGAGGGACGGACUCGGGCUCCACUGUGCCCACGCCGGGCCGGGCCCUUCCUGGCUAGGACCAUGCAGGGGAGCUGCUGGCCCUGGAUGCUUUGUAGUUUGCCCAGAGUUGGGGGCUAGGCACAGAGGGAGCCGGAGGCCAGGAUGCCUGGGUCCCCCGAGUUCCUAAAGGAAGAGGAGCGGAGACAGUGGGCACUAAGUGUGGAGAGCUAGGGGCCAGCACUGCUGAACACCCCCAGCCUGUGGAGAAGGGUCAGAGGGUGCUGGUGAGAGAGAGGUGCCUGAGAGGGGUGACGCAGCUUGGAGGAGGCCAAGAGAAGGUGUCAGGAGGUCUGGAUGCUUUGGGAAGAGGGAGGGGAACAUGCAGAGGCAGGUGGGGCCCCCAGCACCCUGUUAGCGCUGCAAUAAAUGCUCAAUGGCC